AUCCAAGAUGGCGGCUAUGGAGCAACGAGGCAAGGACAGUACCGUUGGUAGUGCUAAGGAAAUAAUGGUGAAGCAAGAAAAACGUGAAAACACAAUAACAAAUGGUGGAAAAGAAUCUGGUGAUGAUGCUGACAGCUCCGAGGAAGUGCGUUUGGACGUUGGCGAACACUAUCUCGUACGGAGAUCCGAUGACUCUUGGCACCCAGCGGAAGUAAUUCAAAGCCGAUACAAUGAAGUGGAAUCUCACUACGAAUAUUAUGUACAUUAUGAAGGAUACAACAGAAGACUGGACGAAUGGGUACCAAGAGACAGGAUAAUGUCCAGUAGAUUUGAUAUGAGUGACAGUAGUUGGAAAACUAGUGAGCACAAUCCCGCGAGUGAUUUGUUAGCUGACUCAUCUGACAGAAAGAUCACGAGAAAUCAGAAGAGACGGCAUGACGAAAUUAAUCACAUACAAAAGACUUACGCGGAGAUGGAUCCUACGACAGCGGCACUGGAAAAAGAACAUGAGGCUAUCACUAAAGUUAAAUAUAUUGACAAAAUUCAAAUUGGAAAAUAUGAAAUUGAUACCUGGUAUUUUAGUCCUUAUCCAGAAGAAUAUGGCAAGCAACCAAAAUUAUGGAUCUGUGAAUACUGUCUAAAAUAUAUGAGACUAGAAAAAACUUAUCGCUAUCACAUGAGUGAGUGUACACACAGACAACCAGUUGGCAAAGAAAUAUAUCGUAAAGGGACUCUGAGUAUUUGGGAAGUUGAUGGCAGAGAACACAAAGUCUAUUGUCAAAAUCUUUGUCUUCUUGCUAAAUUAUUUUUAGACCACAAAACUUUAUAUUUUGAUGUCGAGCCGUUUCUUUUUUAUAUUCUGUGCGAAGUUGAUAAACACGGAGCUCAUUUAGUUGGGUAUUUUUCAAAAGAAAAAGAGUCACCAGAUGGUAAUAAUGUCGCGUGUAUUUUAACACUACCGCCGUUUCAAAGACAAGGCUACGGAAAACUUUUAAUAGCAUUUAGUUACGAAUUAAGUAGAAUCGAACAAACUGUUGGAAGUCCGGAAAAACCAUUGAGUGAUCUCGGUAAAUUGUCAUACCGCAGUUAUUGGAGUUGGAUUCUUUUAGAAAUAUUACGCGAUUUUAGAGGAACUUUAAGUAUCAAAGAUCUCAGUCAAAUGACAAGUAUAUCACAGACAGACAUAAUAUCAACUCUGCAAAGUAUGAACAUGGUAAAAUACUGGAAAGGACAACACGUAAUUUGUGUAACACCAAAAUUAGUUGAGGAACACAUAAAAAGUUCACAAUUUAAAAGGCCAAGAUUGACAGUCGACAGCACGGCGCUGAGAUGGGGCGCGCCGCCAAGGAAAAAUUUAAAACCUGGAAAAAAAUAACAGCUCAUUUAAAUUAACACACGAGCUGGAUUAUUUAAUUUUAAAUAUUUGAAUUCUGUAAUUCUUGGAUAUUCUUGAAUUACUAUUUCCUCAAGACACUUUUUUAUUUACUGCGUCAUUUUAAAAUAGACUCUCACAAGCUUUAUUAUUAAUAUUAUUAUUAUUAUUAUUAUUAUUAUUAUUAUUAUUAUUAUUAUUAUUAUUAUCUUGUACAAAAUAAUUUCGGGUUCAAAUUUGAAUACGGAAUACACUAA